UUAAUUAUUCCAAGAGUGAGAAAAACACAUUUCACAGCAGCUGAAGUUUGCUAUAUUUCCAAAUUUUCCUCUAAUUAAAGCUUGCUCAACCAAUCCGUCUGCUGUUGGAAUACACUGGUACCAAGUAUGAGGAGAAGUUCUAUUCUUGUGGGGAGGCUCCCAACUAUGACAAAAGCUGUUGGUUUAAUGAGAAAGAGAAACUUGGGAUGGACUUUCCUAAUUUGCCCUACCUAGAGGAUGGAGGCACAAAAGUGGUCCAAAGCAAUGCCAUAUUGAGAUAUAUCGCCCGCAAACAUAACCUCUGUGGGGAAACUGAAGAAGAGCAGAUGAGAGUUGACAUCUUGGAAAACCAGGCGAUGGAUUUCCGCAAUGGUUUUGCCCAGCUCUGUUAUGGAGACUUUGACAAAAACAAACCAUGUUACAAUGAGAAAUUGCCAGGAGCUCUAAAGCAGUUCUCUGACUUCCUUGGUGACAGGAAGUGGUUUGCUGGGCACAAGAUCACAUUUGUGGACUUCAUCAUGUACGAGCUUUUGGAUUUGCAUCGCAUGUUUCAACCGGAGUGCCUGGAUGACUACAGAAACCUGAGAUCUUUCCUGGAUCACUUUGAGAGCCUUGAGAAGAUUGGAGAGUACAUGAAGUCGGGCAAGUUCAUAAAAACACCUGUGAACAACAAGAUGGCCAAAUGGGGAAACAGGAAGGAGUGAAAAUGACAAGAUUUUGUCUUACUUUUUUUGGUGCAACAUUUUAACCUUCUCAAUAAAAAAAAAUAAGUAUUAGCUAAAUUUACAUCCUAAUGAUACAGUAUAUUAGAUAUUUCACUGUUCAGAUUUUCUAUGUUUGAAUUGUAAAAAAGCAUGAACAUUGUUGAGUUCAGUGCAUUUAGCCCUUAUUGAUUAGAAAUGGUCAUGAAUGACAAUGCAAAUGUAAAACAGGUUUUUAAACCAAAGGCUUUCUGAAUAAAUUAACUAUAUUACUGUUGUGAGGUAAAACACAAACCCACCACUGGAUUGUUGACUUAAACUGGAAAUUAGAUGUAACAAAAUAUAAACUGGAAAUUAGAUGUAACAAAAUAUAUUUAACCCCAAAAUCAAAAGCUUACUUUAAGACCAAUAAACUAUGGCUACUAA